UGCUCCUGCAUGACCUUAUCAGAGAAGUUAAUACAUUAACAGCAGCUUAUCGACAGGUUUGUUUUUUGCGCUAAAAUGAUCGGACAGAAGACCAUCAACACGUUUUUUUCACCUGUCUCUAAAAAGAGAGUUUCUAAGGAUUUAAAUGAAUCGGAGGAGGAUGCGAAAGAAUCGAAGAAGCCGAAGUGCUCAGCCGGGGACCCGGAGCCGUCCAGCCCGCGUCCUGCUCCUCUGUCUCCGGAGCAGCUCGACAGGAUCGCCCGGAACAAGAAGGCGGCGCUGGAGAAACUGUCUUCCAUCCAAACACCUCCGGGGUUCGGGGAGAGCUGGAGAGAGGGACUGUCGGCUGAGUUUGGAAAGUCUUACUUUAAACAGCUGAUGAGUUUUGUGUCUGAAGAGAGGAAACGCCACAAUGUUUACCCACCUGCUGAGCACGUUUUCACCUGGACUCAGAUGUGUGACGUCAGAGAUGUCAAAGUAGUGAUUCUUGGUCAGGAUCCGUAUCAUGGUCCUAAACAAGCCCAUGGAUUGUGCUUCAGUGUCAAACAGCCGGUUCCUCCUCCUCCCAGUUUGGAGAACAUGUACAAAGAACUGGUGUCGGACAUUGAAGGCUUUCAGCACCCCGGACACGGAGAUCUGACCGAGUGGGCCAAACAAGGUGUGUUGUUGCUCAACGCGGUGCUGACUGUCCGAGCACACCAGGCGAACUCCCACAAAGACAAAGGCUGGGAGAGGUUCACAGACGCUGUGGUGCAGUGGCUCAGCAACAACAGGGAAGGCCUCGUCUUCAUGCUGUGGGGAGCGUAUGCUCAGAAGAAAGGAGCCGCUAUUAACAGGGAACGACACCACGUCCUGCAGGCGGUGCAUCCUUCUCCCUUGUCUGCACAUCGAGGAUUUUUUGGCUGCAAGCAUUUCUCGAAGGCGAACGAGCUGCUAAAGCAAUCUGGAAAGUCUCCUGUGGACUGGAAGGCACUUUAAGUUGUCAUUUAUCUGACGUUUUUCUAACCUGUAUGUUGUUUAACUGUUGACAGAAAAUCGCCCGUAAGCUUUUUUAGUUGGCUGUUUCUAAAUGUAAUAUGUGCAGAGAUUUAUAUUAUACUCUUAUUUUUGUGCUAUACACUGUUUUUUUUUAUAAAACUUUUUCACCAAAA